GUCUAGGGGGUGAGAGAGGAGAGAGAGAGAGAGAGAGCUUGAGGAGGAGGAGGCAGUUGGCACGUAGAGAAGCCACUCGUCCUGUUGGGGAAAUUUGAAGGAAGUUUGUCUGGGCUCCGGCCCAAGGAGCAGAGGGAGAGAAAGAGGGAGCGUGGCGGAAAACAUGCUGCCGGUGUGCUAAACGGCGGUCAGGGAAGCAAGGACGGCGCGCAAGGGAUGCUCGUGAAGAGACGGCACGCCACCGCCGAGCACUGAAGGGCGGGCACCUCGCGCCGCCUUGCCACCCCCACCUCCAGCCCAGAAAGCAGCAAGUUUGAACGGCGGGUUCCUUGGAUUUCGGCGGUGGCGUAGCGUACCAGCCAUCCAAGGACCGCAGCCCUUGUUUCGGAUGAGAGCCCCCCGGUUGCCUCCUUUCGGCCCCUAGGGCCUACUCCCAUGAGGUCGAAGCGUCAGCCUCUAGCUGUUUGUUUUCCCAGGCUCAGCUCGGACCGAGCGGGACUGCCGACGGGAGGAGAAUGAAAGAAGAGGACCUUCCUGGAGAAGACGACGAAAUGCCUUCCUUCAGAUAUAGACCAAAUGGCCGGAUGAGGACCAACUGCAGCCAGUGUGAGAAAAACCUAACUCUACAGACAUCUGUGAAAGUGUUGUAUGUCUUUGUUGUCUUGCUGGUAAUGGCAGUGGUGGUGCUGGCAGCUUUAGUUUUCAAGAAAGUGGGAUCAAUAGCUGAUAAAUUUAACUCAACUCAGACAUAUUAUGAAAAGACGAUUGUGUCAGUGCAAAAGAAUCUUCAGGAACUAGAUCAGAAAUCAAUGGACAACAGCUCUUUGUGUCAUGACACAGGGCAACUUGGACAGGAGAUUAGCAAAUUGCAAAAAGAGCUGGAGGAGAUUCAGAAGAAGCUCUUGGCCCAAGAUGUAUUACUUGAUCGAGCUGGACAAGCCCAUCAGCAGCUUUCAUCUUCCAGCAGCAAGAUCACUGAUGAAGUGGAUAGAUGUUUCUCUGCUGUUCAGCAAGCCAACCAGAGUUUGAGCCUCUUUCUGGCUCAAGUGAUGGGCUGGCAGGCUUCCACUUCUCAGCUAGGCAGCUCACUCAAGGAGCUAACACAAGAACAUUUUGAUGUUGAAAUUGCUAUGCAGCAAAUAAACUUUACCAGUAGGCAGACCUCAGACUGGAUCCAGAUCAUCCAAAGGAAGACAAAUGAGGAGACCCUGACACUACAGAAGAUUGUGACUGAGUGGCAGAACUACACCCGCCUGUUUGGCAGCUUGAGGGCCACCUCUUCCAAAACAGCUGACCUGGUCAAGAAUGUUCAAACUAAUUUAGGUAUUGCCUCGCAAAGGAUCAGCCAGAACUCAGAGAGUAUGCAUGAACUCAUACUCCAAGUAACAAGUUUACAGUUGCAGCUGGACAAUAUCUCCUCUUUCUUGGAUGACCAUGAGGAGAACAUGCAUGACUUUCAGUACCAUACUCAAUACAUGCAAAACCGGACAGCUGAGCACUUUCAGACUUUAGAAGGCCGUAUGUCAUCCCAUGAGAUUGAGAUCAGCACAAUCUUUACCAACAUCAAUGCCACUGAUAACCAUGUCCACAGCAUGCUCAAGUACCUGGAUGAUGUGCGACUCUCUUGCACACUGGGCUUCCACACACAUGCUGAAGAGCUUUACUACCUGAACAAAUCAGUCAGCCUCAUGAUAAGCACCACAGAUCUUCUGCGAGAACAUUUUAGCCUGCUCAAUGCCCAGUUAAACUUUAACAUUCGCAACCUUUCAAUGGUCAUGGAAGAGAUGAAAGCUGUUGAUAUCCAUCAUGGGGAGAUCCUGAGGAACAUCACCAUUAUACAAGGUGUUCCUGGCCCUCCUGGCCCCAGGGGAUUCAGAGGAGAUCUUGGCAUUAAAGGGCCACCUGGAAGCAGAGGAGUAAAGGGUGACAUGGGGAGUCUGGGCCUUCCUGGGCCAAAAGGCUCCUUGGGCCCUCCCGGACCUCCUGGACCUCAAGGCGAGAGAGGCACUGUGGGCACCAAAGGCCCCACUGGAUUCAAAGGAAGCAAGGGUAGCUUUGGACAAGGAGGUUCCAAGGGGCGGGCAGGCCCCAAAGGGGACCCUGGAUCUCCAGGGCCUGAGGGGGCCAUUGGUCCACCUGGCCCAUCUGGCCCACAGGGGAAACCAGGCAUCCCAGGCAAACUCGGGCCCCCUGGUCCUUUAGGGCCAAAGGGCCGAAAAGGAGAUCCUGGUUUACGAGGUUCACGUGGAUUUCCAGGCCCUCCAGGCCCCCCAGGAUUGUAAAAACUCCCUUUUCCCUCCCAAAAAAAGUUUUAAUGUGGACAACUGGAAAAAAAAACUCUUCACUGCAGAUACCUAUCUACCCAGGAAGGCAUCAAGAUAAUGGGGAAUGGAUGGUGUCAUUUAUUCUGGACUGUCAAGCUCUGUUUCCAGCAGCUAGGGGGUAGUUUGAAAAAUUGCUUCAAGUCACUGAAUUUCCUUAAUUUUGGGAACUCCAAAGGUAAAGAAUUGCAGGUCCCACCACCUCAAGCACCUUCUUCAUCUCUCCGUUAACAUAGUGAAUCAAUCAGUCAAGGUUGGCAUUUGAAAGAUCACCUUUUGAUAAUGGCCUUCUCUGCUAUUAUUGCCCUUUUUAACGGAAACAUUAUGAUUUUUAUAUGCUCAGGUGCCAAUAUGAGAAUAUGUCUGUCUGUCUGUAUGUGUGUGUACCCACACAAACACAGAGAGAGAGAGAGAGAGAGAGAGACCCAUUCUCUAUAUGCCACUGCUCUGACCUUACAGAGCCUGACAUACGGAUUAGCAGCUGGGGAAACUUCCUUUCUUUUUCUUAGUCCCGCAGCAAGUGACACAUCCCCAAUGUCCUGUGAUGGCUGCCAAUGGCUAAGGAAGACCUCAAAACAGAACAAGUUACUGAACUAUGCAGUAUUCAUGAGAGCAGAGACCUAUCCCCACUGCUGUCAGAUGAGCACCAUAAAGGGUGGGCUAUACACAGCACAAUGGCCCAGCUCAGGUUUGCAGUCAGAAAUACCGUCUGACCUCAGCUCUCCAGCCAGAAGACAGAAAAAUUGGGAAAAAUCUCCCACAUUGUAAAAAAUAAAUAAAUAGACUAGAAAGCUGGGAGAAAACCUCCCAUAUUGUAAAAACAAAAAUGCUAAAUGGACUAGAUAACACAAGAUUAGGUGGAUCAAAGAACUAAAUAAAAUAGGAUAAGGCUUGUCACAGCUUAUAGAUUUUCGAUAGUUAGGUUGUGAUCUUUAAGAUGGUGUGAUAAUGGCUGAAACUGUGUUCUAUUAGAGCAGAUUUUUUUGUACAUGAUCUAGCCAAAUAUUGCAUGCUCUAACCAGAAGUGGAUCUACACACAAAGAUUAGUCUUUUCCAUUACAUGCUACCUGAUUCAUUACUCAAAUAAGGAAGGGUACAAUUUUUAUUCUGUCGAAGGAUGUGUACGAAGUUGAAAUGAACUAUGCUUAGGGCCCUAUUGUCUCUUUCUGGCAUUCCUUUGUCUCUAAUUUGAUAAUUCUCUUUCUAACUUCCUCUUCUCCCAUAUAAUGAGCAGGAUAGAUUGCUCUUGCAAAGGGCUUCUUAAAUGGGCUUCUUGAAUUAGACUGAAUCCUCUGAAAUUAAAUUGAGGGCUACAUAUGAUCCUGGGGCUGCUGGUUGCCUGUUCAUGUUUUUACUAAAGAUGUCAAAAAUUGCAUUUGGGAUCUUCUGCUUUCCGAAGAGAUCAUCUGCUAAACUGGAUCAUGUGCUACCCCAAAGCCAGUAGCCCUAGCCUUAUAGGAGGCUUCUAAAUUCCAUCUGAACCUCCAGAUGGAUCCACAGAGCAGAUACAAGACCACAUUUGUAUGGCCUCUUUCUAUAAUGAUAAGUAAUACAUUUGGAGCUUCAAACAGUGAGUAGUUUCCCUCUCCCAGGAAAUAUGGAUGAGAAGGGAUAAUAAAACUGGCUGAAAGUGAGUUGGAUGUACUGUAAUUUUAGCCAUUUAGCAAACCUGUAUAUUCCAGAUAGUUAUAUACAGCAUCCUCGUAUGAUAUGUGGAUCUCACUGCAAAAGCCUCUGAGGUGCACCUUUGGAUUGUACUCACUGACACUGAAAUAUGGUUACCUCAUGUGGCCUAGAGCUGGUCCCACCCUCUCAGUGCUUGGCUAUUAGCAAAGUAAGUAGGUGGAGCAAUCACUGGUAAUUAAAAUACAUGGUUUGCAUGUAUAUGGACCUAAAUUCAGUCUCUAAUAUCUCCAUAGAGAGUUAAAGCUCUGGAGAGAGAUUACCUGUUAAUAUAGCCCAGUUGGGUGGCUCUAGAAAUGGAAUAAAUAAAUAAAAAUUAGCCAUGCUAAAAGAAUAAAUAGGCUGACUCAAUCAAUAGCAACUUCCUAUCUUCAUGUUACACAGUUGCCAUGCUUUUUGUAUAUAUGGGUGUGUGCAUGUGCAAGUGUGUUCAUAAGCGAUAUUGGCUCAUAUGAUUGUGCAUUCAUUUCAUAGUACAACUAGAUUGUGUCACUGAUCUUUUCAUCUGUAACUCUCUUACACAAGUAUAACUGCUAAACAUAUACAUCCAAAACAAUAAAAAAGUAAUGUAAAGGUGAGAUGAAA